AUGAAUGCAAAUCAAUUAUGCAGGGCGCCCUUGAGAGCAAAAUGGCAUGUCGGAUCCUACCGCAGUGCUUCAAGCAAAGCCCCCCGACCCCAAAAGUCAAGUCCUAAACCAGCAACAUUAAAACGAAGAGAGCCAAACGCGUCAUAUCAACGUCGCCCAGACGCGCAAAGUUCCAUCGCGCAGGCAAAGGCCGCUGUCUCGAGCGGCUCCGCAAAACGCGGUCAUGGAAUUCCACCCAGAGUUCUGACUUUCCUGGGAGUCUCGGCUCUCACUAUAAGCAUGUAUUGUGGCUAUCUGUAUACAUCUUACACGAAGGAAGUCAGCAAAGCACAAUCACUCAAUGUCCCGCGUGAUGUCUCAGAUCGCUAUAAUACCACAGCAUCAACAUUCGAUGCAGAUGUCGAGAUCUCCGAAAAAGCAAUGGGACUGGGUAAGAAACGUCGCGACUUGGUUCAAAUGGCGCGCGGGAAUGUUCUUGAAGUCAGCUGCGGCACAGGUCGCAAUCUGCCUUUCUAUGAGCUCGGCGAGCGCCGCGGGAUCGACAGCGACGGCCGCGCCGGUGUGGUUGGGUGUCGGACUGUCACAUUCUUGGACUUGAGCCCUCAGAUGAUUGCUAUCACGAAAGAGAAGUUUGAGAAGUUGCAUCCUGCCUUUUCAGAGGUUGCUUUCCAGGCUGGCGAUGCCGGAUCUGUUGGGCCGCCCACGAUCGCGCGUCCCGGCUCGGCUAGUGAGACUUUGCCGCCUUAUUUUGAUACCAUUCUGCAGACUAUGGGACUGUGUUCGAUGCCUGAUCCUUCUGCAACAUUGCGCCAUCUUGGUUCAAUCACUGAGCCUACUCGCGGUCGGAUUCUGUUGUUGGAACAUGGUCGCUCUCAUUACGAUUGGCUUAAUCGCAUUUUGGAUAAUCUGGCUCCGGCGCAUGCGGAUCGCCAUGGGUGUUGGUGGAAUCGCGAUAUCGGAGCUAUUGUGCGAGAGAGUGGAUUGGAAAUCGUUGAGGAAAAGCGCUGGCAUAUGGGGACUACAUGGCGCUAUGUGUUGCGACCGAAGCAAGAUGUGGAGAAGCCCAGAUCUUGA